ACCUUGUUGCUUCCUAUUAGCAGCCUCUUUAAGCUGUUUUUAUAUCCUUAGAAGGCACCAAAAAUAAAGAUGUGUGUUUGUCUUGUGUAAGGAUUGUGGAUGAUGAGCAAAAUUCCAAAAUGGUGCACUCUCUCUUUAACUGGUAGCAUUAACACAGUGUAACAUGUAAGUAAGUAUAGGUCAAGAUCAUCCCUCACUGAUUUACCGUUUCCACAACCACAGGUAAAAGUGGAGUACAGUGGAUCCCUAUCUAGUCGACAUUCACCAUUUGCAAUUUUGUUUUCUUCUUUUUAUUUAAUUGUUAAUAUGUUUAUUUCACGCAUUUUUGUCAUUUGAGCUGACAUGCAGAGGGAGAAUGUGAACAAGGAGGCGUAGAAGCCUGCAGCCCAGCCGUUCGACGAAUGAAACCACUAAGAAAACAGCACUCGGAGAGGCUCUUCUGUCUUUGGGAAUACUUUGUCUUACCGGUGAAAUACAGAUGGCUAGCACACGAUCCAAGAGAGACGUUGUGCUUCUAGGAAAUGCUCGGAAAGAGAGUUUGUCCUCGUUAAAACAGCUCCCGACAGUCAAGGAGGUCCUCCUGCGACUUUUCUUCUUCCUCAAGAAUGAGAAACAGGAUCUGAGUUCAGCAUCAGCGCUGGUCAUUGAGGAGGUCAUCCGUUUGUGGAACCAAUCCUCCAUUACUACUGCAGAAAAACGUAACGCCGUUCAAAAGUUGAAGGUGGAAUAUGAGAAAUACCGGAAAGUGAUGAAAAACCACGCCAGGGGAGGGGAAGCACAGGAAAAGAAAGAAGCAGAGUACAAUAAGUAUUGUCUAGGUCUUUUCGACAUCGCCAAAGGGAACGUGAUGUCCCACAUUGAAAUUCAAGAAGACAGGGACUUCCUGAGGGAUCAACGCGGUGCCCGGGUGAUGUUCCUAGGUGGAUCUGAUAAGAAGUACGAGGCGAGAAUCAAGGCAAAAGACAAGAAACAAAAGGACCUCGAGAGUGUCGAAGAGUGAAAUCGACAGACUUUUGGCCAAAUCAGCGGUUGAGUGUGAGCAAUCUCAAGCCACUUCAUCUGAAGACGAUCACGACGACGAUGAGUAUGCGCCUCCAAAACCUCUACGCCUACGGUCCCGCUCACCCCUGGGGAAUGAACCUCAGCCAGGGCCGUCAGUCAAUCGGCGCCGCGUCAUCGAUGAUCCACUCUUCGCUGCUUCCUGCGACCGAGCCGGGGUAUCCACGAGGGCCGCCAUGCAUGUCGUCACUCCUGCCCUCAUGGCUGCGGGGGUCAACGUUGGAGAACUGACUCUGUCUGUUGGAUCACUCCAUGAAGCUAGAAAAGAGGUGCGUACUGAACUGGGGAAGAGCCUUCAAGAAGAGUUCAAACCAGAAGUCCCCCUGAUCCUCCACUUCGACGGCAAGCUCCUCCCGGAUCCUGAGGGUGGGCGAAGCGAUCGCUUGGCGAUUGUGGUGACAGGAAUGGGUCUGGAGAAGAUUUUGUCCGUCCCCUCCAUCCCGGCAGGGACUGGCGUGGCCAUGGGAGGAGCAAUCCUGAAGGUUUUGGAAGAAUGGCCUCAAGUCAAACCUUGGCUGGCGGGACUCUGCUUCGAUACGACAGCUGCCAACACAGGCGUUCACGGUGGCACUUGUGCUGUAGUGGAGCGAGCUCUUGGAUCCCGACUCCUCUUCCUGGCAUGCCGUCAUCACAUGGCAGAGUUGGUAAUGUCAGCGGUGUUUGACCACUUCUUCUCCUCGUCUGGACCAGACAUUCCCAUCUUUGGGAGAUUCAAAGACUUCUGGGGCAGGCUAGACCAGUCCUCCUACAAUGCCUACGAUGACUAUGACCAGAAGUCCCAUCAAUGGGCACCUGGUACUGGUACAAUGUUGUUAUCACAUACCUGGGUAUAGUGAGGCACGGGAAUGCGUGUGUGAAAAAAGCUGUUAUUUUGCUCAGUUAAUGGUUUUACGAAAUGGAACCGAUUCAGCACUUAGCCGCUUCAAAUUUCGAAAGAAAAAAAAUCACCAUAUAAGGGCUGAACACCCUACUACAGGGGUGUUAUUAAAUGUGUAUAUGGUUUUAAUGAUGGUAAAGAUUGGAUUUACAAAGUCAUAAACUUUGCUCCAACUAUAAUAAUGUUCCAUUUUAUUAAUAUUGAAUCCUAUUCUAUGGCAACUCACUUAUCAUAGUCGGGUCUAGUCUUGAAUGAGUGUCUCACCAGUCUGGUAGUAGCUGUCAGAGGAACUCCUCUGGGCUGGAGCAGCACUUGUCUGGUAGUACUGUUUACUGUCAUAGGUGGUCACAACAGCAGGACGGGCAUAGCUGUAGCUGUCCUGUUGUACAGGAGAAAGGCAUGCAUUAUCAGUGCAGAAUACCAAACCAUACCACUUCAUUUCCCAUGGUUGGAUUCAAGCUCUAUAAAUACAUACUAUUGCCUUUUAUAAAGCAGAGGGAUUAUCAAUAAAUGUGCAUGCACGCUUUACUUUUUCCUCCACCAAACAAGCCAAAUGUAUUCAGUAGUUAGAUAAAAGACACAGUUACACUUACAAUGAGAUGUUAAGACAUAACACACAAAAUGACAGGAACUCUCACCGCAUCUGAGAACACCUGAUACGUUUGUGGGGUGGUGGCAGGCUGGGGACGUGCCGGAGGGUCCGGCUGCCUGAAGGCGUAGUCUGGUGGGGGCUGGUGGCUCUGGUAGGUGGCGUAAGGAGCGGUGACGGCGGGCCGGGCCGCCUGCGCCGUGACAGGAGAGUAGGAGGCGGUCACUGAGUGAGGCACCGCCGGAGCCUGCUGGGCACUAUAGGUGGCUGCAGACGGAUGCGAGUAGGCUGG